AUGGGGACUGAGGUUUUGAGACCACAGGAUUGUCUGACUGAAAGAACAAGAGUCUCUCCCUGUCGGAGGAGGAAUUAUUACUAUGGAAACGGGAACGGAAACUUUGCUAACCCUAACGUUUAUAGCUCUAACAACAACCGCAACAAUCCUAGGUUCAACAGAAAACCAACAGCGGUUCGGUCUGAUAGAUCGGACCAGAGAAAGAAACAAUCAGAGCCGUCGGUUUCAAAGAAAUCACGCUCUGUUGAUGAUUUUGUCAAGAUCUACAAGAAUAACAGCAGCAACAACAAAGUGAUGGAGAAAGUGACUAUUUUGCGGCGAGGAGAGUCGCUAGAUUCGAAGAUCAAGAGCAGCGAGACUGCGUCUGCGACUGUUUCCUCGAAGAAGGAACAAGGAAAUGGUGGGGAUUUGGUUGUUACUAGUACGGACAGAUUGGGUCCGGACCCCAAAACGGUUUCAAAACAGAUCAGGAUCGUGGAUCUUAGGUCUCCGGUGGCUGGGAAUUGUGAUAUGUACGCGGGAUCGGCCUUUUCAGUAUCUCCGCCACCGAGUUCGCUUCCUUUACCGUUGUUCUCAAAGAAGAAGCAUCUUUCGGUUGAUGACUCAGCCACCAGAGACCUCAGGCGUUUGCUUCGGCUCGAUAUUUGA